UUGCAAGCCUAAGACUGGCAUCAAAGAAGAUCUAAAAGCACCUAGAACAAGUGGGUUUUGGGGUGAUCCAGAAGAGGCUUUGGGUAUGCCAGUGAAAUAAAUAGCAAGCUGGGAAGACUCAAUCAAACACAAAGCAAUAAGACUGCAAGCAAUUGAGACUCUUUCUCCUAAAUCAGAAAUAAGGAAUAAGACUCACCAGAGCUAUAAAUAGAGAGCCUUAAGAUCAAGUAAGGAAAUGUGUGGCUUUUAACAGUGUUAUUUUGCAGAGGAUGAGAUGGGUAGCUGUUUCUUUGAGAUGAGUGGUAUAGUCCCUGCUACAGUUAAGAGGCAGGAUUUUUUUUGAGGAGAUAAGCAUUUGAAUUGCUUCUUUCAAGCUCACAGCAUGGGCUAGAAUUUUCCACCUGCUCCCCAAAGAAUUAGAUCUAGAGAAAUGAAAUUAAGUUGCAGUGCUUGAUCUUAAGAUAGAAAGUUUGAGAGAAACAAUGGCUCAUACUCCCUGAAGAAACACAGGCAUGGUUGGGUGUUUUGUCGUUUUGUGAAGAGAGCUGCUAACAGCAAUCACAGAAGAUAAGGAGUACCUGUCUGUGAAGAAAACAUCUUCUGACAUGGACAAGGUGAUGAGUAAGAUAUUCCAUAUGUAUUCUCUGCCCCAACAUCGUCUAUUGUGUUUAUCCUUUUUUCCAGACAGGCUCUGGUAUUCCGUCAUCCAGGAUCUCUAGAAGAUAAAGGAGAUUAACAAGCAAGAUCCAAGAACGUGCAAAUUCAGGUACAUAACAUCAGUUGCCCUACACUUUCGGUAUGCAGGUGCCAAAGACACUUACAAUGCAUGAAACCCUGGAGAAGCUGAAAGAAGUAUAAUCAUGACAGCCCUACCUUUGGAUAGCUGAUCAGUUCCUGAUUGAAUUUUGUCGUACCUUUCAACUGUUAGCAGCGCUCUUGUUCUGAGAUACAGUUUCUACUUCCAGAAUUCUUUGGAAAUUAAAAAAACAUAACGGGAGGAGUGCUGGAAAAAAGGAUAAGUCAGAAGAUUUGGACAUUGGAUCAGAGGAUAUCGGAUAUCUCUGUAAUACAACACUUAAAAAAAUGUGGUGACUAGAAGAACCUCUCUUUUUGUUCAUAGCAUAUAUAGUGCCUUAUAAAGAUGGGGUUUGGAAGUGACCUAAAAUAUUCUCAUGAUGCUUUGUUAAAAUUGCAAGAUUGGGAGUUACGAUUACUAGAAACUGUGAAGAAAUUUAUGGCCAUGAGAGUAAAAAGUGACAAAGAAUAUGCAUCCACUUUACAAAAUCUUUGUAAUCAAGUUGAUAAAGAGAGUACUUCCCAACUGGAUUAUAUUAGCAAUGUAUCCAAGUCUUGGCUGCUUAUGGUACAGCAGACAGAACAGCUUAGCAGGAUAAUGAAAACACAUGCAGAAGACCUUAAUUCUGGACCACUACAUAGACUUACAAUGAUGAUCAAAGACAAACAACAAGUAAAAAAGAGUUACAUAGGUGUUCAUCAGCAAAUUGAGGCAGAGAUGUUCAAGGUCACAAAGACAGAACUGGAAAAAUUAAAAUCUAGUUACAGGCAAUUAAUAAAAGAAGUUAACUCUGCCAAAGAGAAGUAUAAAGAAGCUGUGGCUAAAGGAAAGGAGACCGAAAGAGCCAAAGAUCGUUAUGAUAAAGCAACUAUGAAACUUCACAUGCUGCAUAAUCAGUAUGUGUUGGCACUGAAGGGAGCACAGUUGCAUCAGCACCAGUACUAUGACACUACACUCCCUUUAUUACUUGAUUCGCUACAGAAGAUGCAAGAAGAAAUGGUUAAUGCAUUAAAAGGAAUCCUGGAUGAAUACAGUCAGAUCACCAGUCUUGUAACAGAAGAGAUAGUGAAUGUCCAUAAAGAGAUCCAGACUUCUGUUGAACAGAUAGACCCUAGUUCAGAAUACAGUAGCUUCAUAGAAGCUCACAGGUCACCAGAGAAUGUAGAACAAGAAAUAGUGUUUGAUACAUCUUUAUUGGAAGAAAAUGAAAAUCUUCAAGCUAAUGAGAUCAUGUGGAAUAACUUAACAGCAGAAAGCUUGCAAGGAAUGUUGAAAACAGUAAUAGAAGAAUUGGUUCAGACACAGCGGACACUUUUGAACAAAGAGGAGCUUGUGUUGGAACUAGAAAAGAAAAUAGAAGAAUCUUCCACGACCUGUGGGAAAAAAUCAGACAUUGUGCUUUUGCUGAGCCAGAAACAAGCACUGGAAGAACUCAAGCAAACAGUUCAGCAAUUAAGAUGCAGUGAGGCAAAAUUUACAGCCCAGAAAGAACUUCUAGAACAAAAAGUUCAGGAGAAUGAUGGGAAAGAGCCACCUCCAGUGGUAACUUACGAAGAAGAUGACAGAUCAGUCACUUCUAUGGAUAAGAAGGACAAGGUGUCCAGGUUUGAAACGAGCUCCAAAAUCCAUGCUGGGCUUUUCAUCAGUAAGAAGAAUUAUUUAGGAUGUAAAACUCAGUUUUUUGAUGUAAUAUCAACCAGCGAGAAACCAUUGGCAGAGCAAGAUUGGUAUCAUGGUGCAAUUCCAAGAAUAGAAGCCCAGGAGCUGUUAAAGCAGCAAGGAGACUUCUUGGUGCGAGAGAGCCACGGGAAACCUGGUGAAUAUGUCCUUUCUGUGUUUUCAGAUGGACAACGGAGACACUUUAUCAUACAAUAUGCUGAUAAUCAGUACCGAUUUGAAGGGACUGGGUUUCCAACCAUUCCUCAGCUUAUAGAACAUCAUUACACAACAAAAAAUGUCAUUACUAAGAAAUCAGGUGUAGUUCUGCUGAAUCCUGUUGUUAAGGAUAAGAAAUGGGUUCUCAAUCAUGAAGAUGUCACACUGGGAGAAUUACUGGGAAAAGGUAAUUUUGGUGAAGUAUAUAAGGGAACAUUAAAGGAUAAAACUCCUGUUGCUGUAAAAACUUGUAAAGAAGAUCUUCCUCAGGAACUGAAAAUAAAAUUUUUAUCAGAGGCCAGAAUACUGAAGCAGUAUGACCAUCCUAAUAUUGUGAAGUUAAUAGGAGUUUGCACUCAAAGGCAGCCUAUUUAUAUAGUUAUGGAGCUUAUUCCAGGAGGUGAUUUCCUCUCCUUUUUAAGAAAGAAGAAGGAUGAGCUAAAAACCAAACAAUUAGUGAAAUUUUCAUUAGAUGCUGCUGCUGGCAUGGCGUAUCUCGAAUCUAAAAACUGUAUACACAGGGACCUUGCUGCAAGGAACUGCCUGGUAGGUGAAAAUAAUGUUCUGAAAAUCAGUGACUUUGGAAUGUCUCGUCAAGAGGAUGAUGGGGUAUAUUCAUCUUCAGGCUUAAAGCAGAUUCCUAUCAAAUGGACUGCUCCGGAGGCGCUCAACUAUGGGAGAUACACUUCUGAGAGUGAUGUAUGGAGCUUUGGGAUCCUUCUUUGGGAGACUUUCAGUUUAGGAGUAUGCCCAUACCCUGGAAUGACGAACCAACAAGCACGAGAACAAGUGGAGAAAGGAUAUCGAAUGCCAGCCCCUCAAAAAUGCCCAGAGGAAAUAUAUAAAAUAAUGCAGCGGUGCUGGGACUACAAACCUGAAAACCGACCAAAAUUCAGUGAGAUUCAGAAAGAACUAUCGUCAAUCAAAAAGAAAGUGACAUAGUGAUAAAGUAGUGACAAACUCAACCUACAGGACUCUUAUUACUUCGUUGAAAAACAUUUUUCCCUCAAACACUAAGCGUUAUACCACAAUAUCUGCAAUAUUCUUCUAGGGUUAUUUUUUAAAAUUAACUCUUUUAUAUAUAUGUGUGUGUACGCACGCGCGCACGCAUGUGCACACUAUCUUGGAAAAUGUCUAAGCAUACAUUAAAAAAAGACAAUUAUUCCAAAUGAGUGUUAUACAGUUACAUUGAUACUGUCAUUUAGGAUACAUGUACAUAGAACAUGAUAUUAUAGAUUUGACUCCCAUCUAUUUUACAGUGAUUAACUGCUAGAGAAAAGCAGCAGUUUAUCAGGAAUCAAUAUGCAUACAACUCUUUUGAAUAGCUAACUUUUUUCUAAAGAUUUUCUACUUUAUGCUGCAUUAUUAAUUUGUUAUCCCAGUGACGGAUGUCAGCUCCAGUGGCACUAAAAUAUGAUGGCCGUGUAAUAUUUCUGAAGACCUUAAACCUAAGGACCACAAUUUUUUAAUAAUAUUUCAAUUAGGAACUUGAUAUUUUUAAAUCGUUUCUGAAACUGAUAUUUUGCUUAGAAAGAACAUGCAUUAAGAUUCUGGAUGUGCAUGUAUUGUUUUUGAACAAAGAAAUCCAUACAGUUUUCAUAGAAUAAUAUUCACAUGAUUUACAAGCACCUCCUUAGAUUUCUUACAGUUGCUUCCAUCAUAGUAAAUAUGUUCACCUUUGGACACUUAUUUUUUCAGAGGAAAAAAGCAGCAGUUUAUCAGGAAUCAAUAUGCAUACAUCUCCUUUGAUGGGCUAGUUUUUUUCUAAAAUGCCACGUAUUAUAUAUGUCUGUCAGGAAAUACUCCAAAUCAUCUGCCUUGGAAAGUACAAGCAGAAGAUGACAACACUUGGUUUUUGAAUGUACACAUAUAGAAAAGCGGUCAUCAGGAAGCAAAUUUGAGAGCAAUAGUGCAUGCAAUGAAGGUAGCGGGUAGCAAUGAUUUUAAAUGGAGUAAAAGAAAAAGUGAAUUGGAAAUUCUCUGGUAGGUUUCUGAACUUUUUUUUUUCCUCCAAAUUUCAAAUGGUAUUCCUUUUUUGCAUGCUGUUGGAGUCAGCAAAAGGACAUGCUUAAGGAAGAACUUUCCAUUCAUAAUGUCACAAAGAAAAAGGCUAUAUCUCAAUUGCAGGAAGAAAUAUUAACCGUUUUAAACCUCUGAAAGGCUGAACAAGGUAUAUAGUAGAAAUAUCCCUCUGUAGAACUGUUUCUUUAGCUGCAUUCAGAUUUGUUCUCCGUUAAAAAAAAAAGUUUUGCAUACUCACUGUCAAAGACUGGUAUAAAAUUGUAUUUCUAUAAGAUCAAGAAAAGCUAAUCAGUCUUUGGGGGGAAAGGCACAAUUAGUUUGUGGCUUGGACCUAUCUCUACAAAAGGCCCAGAUAAGGAUUCCUGACUGCCAUAGAGACCCAUGACUUCAGAAACAAGUUAUGAUCUGGGAUCCAAACUUUGGGAGACUAUGGUUUUGAUGUAGGCCUGUCUCCAAUAAGUAUCAAAUAGUUAUCAGCCCAAGCUGUGUUAACAAGGAGUAAACUGCCAGACCAAAUGACUAAAACAGGUAUGAAAGAAAAACAGUAUUUGGAACUUUUAAUGGCCCUAUAUCCUUCUUGUGGCUGCAUUACAUUUUAUUUAUAUUAUGGUGACUCUUCUAUUGUCCAGAGCACAACUGCUCUUUAAAGUGUAUUUGUAGUAGUAGUGAAAGGAAUGUGUGUGUGACUGAAGUAUUUGUAGGCUGAGAGUUUCAACCAGUAUCUAUUAAAAUAAGUGCCCAAAUGAACAAUGAAGCAACAUGUUAGAGAAUACCUUUUUCAUUGUAGGUGGACUUGUUAGCAGGCUGGGUUUGUUCUGAGGGUAAAGAAAAGAAAUACAUUGGGAAUAUGGAGUAGAAACUGAAAAUAAAGGAAAAUUAAUGUAGUUCCUUUACAUAAAUACUGAGCACAUUUAAUUAUCACUGUGCUCACAUUUGGUCCAAAGAUACUUAACACCAGUAAGAAACAUUGUUUAGUCACUCAGCACUGGCAUAAAAUUCUUUCUAUACCUUAAUGAGCUGGCAUGCUUAUGUGCGUAGAAGUGCAUAAAAGUGCCAGAAAUGUACAACUGUAACUCCAGGAAGAAUGCAGUUCCAAAUCAAUAAAUGACACAAAUGCAGGUCCUCUUAUGUAAUUGCUAAUGUCUAAAAGUUAGGACAAGAACGUAUGGGCUUUUUCUUAGAUUAACACGCUUUUUUAAAUGGAUGACUUAUUUUGUAAAGGACUGUAUAUAUCCAACCCUUUCACAAGAAAACAGAACAGUUCUUUUUGUCUUAAUUUAGUUAACAGGACAGACAAUUCUGAUUUUUAUCUACAGAUGUAAAAGGAUAAAAACUGCAUUCAUUUUUCACUUAUCUAAGCAGUUAACAUUUGCAAUUCAUAUCGUACAUCUGUUUAAAUUGAAAAGGCUUUUCAAAACAUGGGACACCUGCAGUAUCUAAGUAUUCUGUGUUCUUUGUCCUAAGGCAGACAGGAAUUCAAUUCAUGAUUAAUAACCCUUUGGGAGACUGUCAGGAUGAGUUCAUUGGUAUAGAAUAAAUUUAAUAUAGGCAUAUCUGGCUUUCACAAAAACUUAUGUAAACUGUUUUCUCACCAUUAAUUCAGUUGUGUUUGUGACAUCAUUUAUUUGUCCCAUCUGUCACAUGUAAUUAUUGGAAUUAUGUUCUUUAGGAAGUUAAGUCAAUACCAGAUACAUGUCUAUAAUUACUUUUCUUAACUUUACAAGCAUACAGCAGGGAAGACUACAAAAUGUAUAAAGAAAAACUCUUCCAUUUAAGGAAUGUAAGGCAGGUAUAGCAUUCAGGAAUCAAAGCUGCAACUAUCCGCCUUCUCUGUAGUUUUGAAGUCUUCUCUGUAGUUUAACAAAGUCUUAGCUUUGUUAAUGAAUUAACCAAAUAUUGGCUAUUUUACUUUUGUACAUUUUGUUUAAGAUGCAGCAAAAUUAAGUGUGUCUUCUUUUGGAAAUUCAGUAUAUUUGCACUGACAUCUGCACUGACUCCAUGUAAGGGGUUCUAGUGGACUUUGGAAAUAUUCAGAUGGUUAUUACCCAGAAAAUACUCCUAAGUGUUACAGAAAUAGUAAGACAGCGGUACCCUAAAAGUCAAAACCUCUAAGUAUAUUUUAUGAGACGGAGUUUUGAUUGAUCUAUCCAGUUACAAAUUAUUUCUUCUCUUUCAAGGCAUUAUAAAGGAAUGAAAAGUGCUACUGUCAUAUUUCAUUUAACUUUUUAAAAGGUUAUUUUAAGCCCCAUGAAAGCCAAUAAUGAGUGUACAGUUUUAGUUGUUUACAAUCAAAACUGAGCAUUUAAAACUAGCCUUAAUGUUUAGUUUUGAAAUCAUCAUCCUGGUUAAGAUUCUAAAAUAUAUGGAGUUCAUGGUUUAUAGAAAGUGCAAUAUUGAGAAACAGCAUGUUUGAAAACAAGACAGAGACGUGUGCCCUCAGCAGAUGUGUAGUCUUUUUGUACAGUCUACAUUUCACACAGUUCCUAGAUUUUUAAUCGAAAUUGAAAAAGUAAACAACAUUAUUUAGUAACUGUGGUCAUUUUGCAUUUUUGUUUUAAUUGUGAUGUGCAUUUUGUAAUUAUAUCACAGAAUAUGCCUCUAUUUUGAAGUUUCGCUUUCAGUGUCUUAAUAUACUUUAGAGGCUGUCUGCGUCAGGAAGUACAGCAUCCAGACAAUGCUGUUCACAAAAUAAACCUCAGACUUUUGAGGGCAGAAAGCAGUUGUAAGAAAACAGAAGUUUACUGUACCUCACUGUUUUUCUCUCAGCUGUGUUUGUUUAUAAUGAAUGGUGUGCUUAUUCAAAUGCUGCAUAUACUUAUUGUGAAAUCAUAUACAUUAUUUAUGGUAUUUUUACUACUGUAAUGCUAUUAAUCAAAAAUAUCAGUAAACUCCCCUCCUCUCCCAAAUUAAAGAGCCUCAGCCACAACAUUUCUAGCUGAAUCUAAAGCUUGGAGUUUUUCAGAUCUGAAAUUCAAGUUUGGGAUUGUCUCUGUUUUCUCUUUCUCCUUGUUCAUGUGAAUUACUUUGCUGCCAACAGUACCUUAUGCUUUACCCUGCCUAUGCUAGCAUUUUUUAUGAGAGGUCGGACCAGCAGUAGCAAUGGUGAGCUAAUUAGGCUGGCUGCCAGCAUUCUUAUCAUAUCUUCUGGACCAGCUCUGGAAAGGGUCACACAACAGAGAUCUACAUUAGCACUCCUGCUGGUAGAGCAGUACCUCAAAAAUAUUUCAGGGAGAAAGGAUAGUGUAAAUAAGGUAUCUUGUAAAUUAGUCUUAUGAUUUUUAAGAGGAGGUCUUAAUCUGACAUAAUAGCAGUUAAUUGAUAGAAUGUCCGAGAUGCUAAUGGCACACUAUAUAAAGCAGCAAGAAGAGAGAGAGAUGGAUCAAAAAAGUAAGGAUCCUCUUUUGAUAACAAUAACCUUAUUCAUUACCAAUGGAAUAGUUUGCAUCAUAAACACACUUGUUUGUUACAGUAUCAUUACCCAAUAGAUAAGCAGGAAAGCUUGCCACUGAAAUAAGGUCACCUUUUCUAAUUAAUUACUUUAAGUACAUGAGAGGUUUUUUUAAAGAUUUGGUUAAUGCUGUAUUAUGAUAAUUAGUACAGGUUGUGGCUAUUAACCAUUGUGGUGGGGGUACAGAGAACCAUGCUGAAAUGGCAAUCCUUGGAAGCAUUCUGACUGACUUAGCCAUGAUUGCUUUGGGGAUGUACAGAGUACAGACUGUAGUGUGUCCAUCCUGCUGCCUCACCAACAGCAGGGCAUCUGCCCUCUUUAUAUUCAGGCCUUAUACUCCCUGCUGUAGGAGGGCAACUAAAUUCAGUGCCCUUGGAAAUGGAUUAAAUCACUGUAGAACAAAUGAGAGAGGUUUCAAGAAGAAAAAUCCCAAACUCAAUCCUCCCUUAUAGAAAGGAUGUUCUAGCAGAACAUUUAGAAAAUGAAAUCAAGGCAUACAGUGUCCUGUAUAUACCUUAGCCCAAGUGUGGCUGGAUGGAAAUUGUCUUUCAGGCCCACAUCCUUCUGCUGGUUUGCAUCAUGAGAGGAGGAGAGAUUUAAACAUUACUGAUUGGCCAGUUGAUUGUCUAACAGGCAUCAUUUUGCUUCACUUAUCUUUUGUCAAUUUAAAUUAUUAGGCUUGAAAAAUACAGGUCUGCUGAUUUUUAAAAAAAACUGCCCAGUUUUCCAAAGGAAAGGACAGAAAUAAUAAUUUAAUUAAGGACUAUUAUUUAUAAUUCAGAGGACAUGUCAUAAGGUUUUUGAGAUAGUAGCUAGUAUAGCUCAGUAUAAUGUCCAUUUCUGACAGUGAAGGCAUUAAAACAACCAAAAGGAAAGCAGAUUAGAAUCUGAAGUAGAAAGAAUCCCUCUGUUAGUUUUCUGAAGCCCUUUCUUCUGCCACUCACUUGCCAAUAUAUUUCCUUUCUGAAUCUGAUGAGGUGUAGUGAUUGCCAGCUGAACUUUCCCUGUAGCAAUAUAAAAGUAGUGCAGACCUAAAUUGCGUAUCUUCUCUUCUUUGAUAUGAAAGACAAAGCAGGAAAGUACUUCAGGUGAAACCAUACCACAAUCUCAGACAUGAAAACCAAACACAGAUUUAAAUGUCAGCUUCAGUUCAUUGCAUUUAUCACACAAGCACCACGUGGAGCAUUUCACCAUUAGCCUUGCAAAGUGUUAAAGGGUGACAAAGAUGUGUCCUGAGACUUUAUUUAGUCUUCAAAUUAUAUAGCAUCUUCUGAAAAUAAAUGUGCUGAUUUGUCUUUAGAUUUUGUCAGAGUUAUUUUCAUGAGAUGUUGGUCCUUGUGCUUUUAGUCACUACUUUUGGUCUUUACAUCUGGUUUGUCCCAUUCUUCCUUUCCUGAUAGGAGUUCAUUUUCCCCUGGGAUCUGUGCUUUCCUGUUUUUGGAACCUCAGAAAUAACCUGUCUGAGCUGAUGCCCAGAAUAGUACUUUUCCCCCUCACAUUCUUAUCUUCUAAUCUAGAAAGUUAAUAAAACCUGCAGGAAAUACAGCUCCCUAGACUCAGAUAAAGUAGUGGUAUUCUACCUCCCUCAUUGUGUUGGCCUGUUUGUGCAGGAUAUCUUACAAACAGUUUAAGAAUGACAAUAGCUAUGAUGUACAUUACAUACCAGCAAUAUUUCCAUUAGAAAGAAAAAGAGAGCAAAGGGGGGGGGGGGGG